UUAUUUUUUUGUUAAUUCAACAAAAAGUUUCUUGUUCAUAUUAAAAUCUAAUUAAAAAAACACACUUCCUGAAAAUAUGUUAUCUGCUUCUAUGAUAAAUUCCCACUUAUUCAAGACUUUGUAUAAACAGCUGAUUUUUCAUAACGAAAAAUGUUUAUCGAAAAAGACAUUAGUUUAUAAUUAUUCAUAUAUCUAGUCGAACGUAAGAAUUUAUAAAAAUGGUAGUCAUUCUUUCCAUUGCAAUCGUUUGUUUAAGUUUUUCUCUUGGAGAAUCUUUAAUAUGUUACACUUGUGCAUCACCGGGUUCUGAAUUUUCUGAUAGAUUUGAUAAAUGUCAAAACGUUUUCAGUUCAGAAGCAUCAUACUUUCCAUUUGAAAAUAAUCCAAAAUGCUACAAUGGCGCUUUUUGUGCUAAAUUUAUUUUAGAUGUUUCCAAUAGAAAAGUUGAAAUACGACAGUGUAUUUCACAAUUUGAAAUUGUGAAAUUUGAUUUACAAAAUCCUCCCUCACCAACGGAAACGAUAAAAAUUAAUUAUAUGGGUUACACCGCUGAUGCAUAUUUUUGUGAUAAAAAUUACUGUAAUGGUGCUUCUAUCAUGAAUAUAUCUGUAAUUGCAUUUUUAUUACCUCUAUUCCUGUAUACUUUAAUUUUAAAUAAUUUAGAAAUGUUAUAGAAAUUUUCUUCUUCAUUUGUUAAUUUAUUUUAAUACGAAUAUUGUUAUUUUUUAUGUACUCAAUAGAGUAACGAAAAUUUUAAUUUUCAAUUUGUAAAAUUUAUAUGUAAAUAUUUUUGAUUUCUAU